AUCCUUGCAGAUCAUAAUUUCGAAUAAACAACAAAGCAAACCUUAUCAGAUUCGAAUGGGGGUAGGAGUGCGUGCAUUCUUCCGUAUGGUCUCCAAUAUGCAUAGCUACGUUUUCGAUGCAUGUUUGUUUACCUUCUAGGGGAGCCAACAAUAUCUCCUAAACUGAGAACAUUGAACAUAGCCAUGAUAACGUCAUCCCCAAGGUUCACGUGGUGUGACUGUCGCAAACACAAGAUUCCUAUCAAAGACACCAAUAAGCUGUGCCUGCACUGUCUGGGCAUCCAACAUGCCAAGGAGGCUGUGCUGGAGUAUGGGAAAUGCCCCCAGUGUGCCAAGAUGGACUGGAGCACCUGCAUCAACCGCCUCACCAAAGUUCAGGAGAUAAUGCACCAUGAGAGGAGGCACGAGGCAGCACAGUCUGAAGUUAAGCUCAAGUCUGAGACCACCUCGGCUCCCAUCAAGGAAACAAAACUGGGGGAAGACCCAGUCCCCAUUCUACCCCCACCUCGGCUCUCUACUACCACACCUGUAUAUUCGUCCACCAUGCCAGUGUUGUUCACCAUCCUCUCCCUACAGACAGGGCCCAAUUCCAGCAUCCCAAAAGACACUUUCCUCUCACAACUUGCUAUUCAGCAGUCAGCUGACUCCACCCCAUCCAUGCUGACUUCCAGGGUUCGGCAAACGACACCAUUUCUCAAAAUGCCGCUCGCGCUGCACCAAUCACUCCAAACGGAGCCACGGUAGCCUCCAGAGGAGACGCUCUCCAUCCUCCUCGUC